UCUUUCGUUGCUAUGGUCUGUAAGGGGGGCCUGUCUGUAAGGGGAGGGGGGGGGGAGCCGCAAAACCUCGAACUUAAAACUUACACUCACUAUUUUCUUCGAAAAUAUACGUGAGUUCCACAAAAAUGAAUUAUGAUAAAUUUCAGGGUGAAUAGUUUGUUCACUACAGCACACAGUAGAAGAUUCUAAAACUUUUAUUAUUAGAGAAUGUUCUGAAACAGACUAUGGAAAUAAUUAAUUUUGGACAAUCACUUUCUAAUUAAAAAAGUAUCGAUUAAAAUACAUUUAUAUCAUUGUUUGAUAUUUAUUCUUAUGGCAAUUACGUAAAAUAUAAUUUUUUCUUUUUCUAGCUAAUACCGAAAUAUUACCAAAUCGAAAUGAGAUACGUGAAAAAGUACUUGCUCAUCUCAUUUCGAUGACUGUGCAACUGAAAUAUCUUCUAGUUGAACACUUCGAAUGGCUCUUACAUGUUGUUCAAUACGUAAGAAUUUGUUUUAUUUAUGAUCUUCUUUUAAAUUCUUGAAUAUAUUUCUAUUAUGCAUAAUUCAUCUGAAUAUAUCCAAGAGAAAUCAUUUGAUGAUCAUAAAUCUUGUAAGAGUAGUUUAAAUUCUACGAAAAAGUUUUACUUUCUUUCGAGUUCAUUAUAAGAUGGUUAUAAUUUCUCACAUUUUCACAGUGAGUUUCUGUAGGAUUUCACUUGAGCUUGUAAAGUUCAAUAUGUUUUUAUUUUUCUAAUCUGAAUAGGUUAUACCAUUGAAAUAAAUAAAGUGAUCUAAUUUUUAGAAGAAAACUAUAUUAUUCUUUAGAAUAAAAUAAAAUCUAUUUUCAUCUAAUAUACAAUAUCAAUAUUGUAACUGAAUUAAUUCAGUUUAUUUGAGAAUUAAACAAAUUUGAAUACUGAUAAGUCAACAAUACAAUUGAAAUCGAUUUCACUUAUUAAUAAACACAUUUAAGAUUGAAGGAAACUAAUUUUGUUGUUUAUUGAUAUGCAGAAUAAGAUUUUGAAAAAUGAACAUAGACGAUGAAGAAAUAUCUUUAAUUAAAUAUAAUGAUAACUCUAUCUUUUGCCAUAAUUUUAUACUAAUUCCACAGUCUAUCGAAAAAACAUCUAUUUUUUUCUUGUAUUAAAAGUUAUUCCAUUUUUUUUCAAGCUUAGAACUUGUGAUUGUAGUUUGACUACAUUUCUGAUGCGAAGAUUUCAUUUUUAUCUCUCUCUAUAUUCUGUCAUUAUCAAAAAUUGUUGGUAAGGCAAUAAAAAAAAUUUAAUCAUUGUUCUAUAAGUGAAUUAUUGUUAAGCAUUUUUUUUGUAUUAUUUUAAAAUAUUUACUUUGAUUUGACAAAUUAAUUCUAAUAGAUUAGUAUGUUUUAUUGGGUUUUUUUAUUUAGGCAUCUGACGACUUAAGAACGGAAGCAUUAAGUACAGUUCAAUAUGCUGAAUUUUGUCUUCCAAGUUCUUCUACUGGCUCUGACGAAUCAAUUCAUAUUGGCAAACAUCUUGUGCCUUUUCUUAGCACAUAUAUGUCUCAUUUACAAACAUUACGUCUUUGGCGACCAGAUGAUUUUUCUUGGACAACUACUCAACAUGUAGCCAUCUUUGAACAAGAUCUUUGUCAACUGGUCGAAAAUUUAAAAGAAUUUACAUUUCUCGAUAUUAAUGGUGAAAUUCAUUAUGAAAAAGUUGAAUCUUAUCGAUCAAUGGUUCAAACUCGCUUUCCUCAUUGUCGAAGCGAUGUUGGAAUAUUAAGAUUUCGUCUCUGGCUUUAA